AUGUCCAGGGUCCAGCAGAAAUUAACUCGUGGUGAAACAGCAAAUGCAUUGGUGAAAGAUAAUAACUGGUGGCAUGGUCCAUCAUGGUUGAAAGAUUCUGAAGAUCAAUGGCCUGAGCAGAAGUUUAAAGUAGAAACUGAUACUCAAAAUUUGGAACGUUUAAGCACUUAUGUUCAGGUGACUAUUCCAGAAGAAGAAAAUGCGUUAGACAUUACCAAAUUCAGCAGUCUCGAAAAAUUGUUGAGAGUUACAGCUUGGGUAAAGCGGUUUGUCGCCAAGCUAAGAAAACGUGCCUGUGAAGAAGGUCCUCUUACUGUAUUGGAGAUCCAAGAAGCUGAGGAGUACUGGAUAAAACAAGUACAGAGAGCGAAUUACUUUUCGGAUAUUCAACAACUAGAGAGGAAUAAUCUAAUAACACCAGAUUCUAAGCUUUACAGUUUAGCACCAUAUCUGGACAGUAGAGGUAUUUUGCGUGUCAGAGGUCGUUUGGAACAAGCAGAAUUAAUAGAUGACGAAAAACAUCCCAUUAUUCUGCCCAAAACGAAGUUCACCGAACUAGUGAUAUUUAGUGAACACAUAAAAGUAUUCCAUUCAGGAGUCAUGGCAACAUUGUCCAAAGUCAGGAAUAAAUUUUGGAUACCUAAAGGAAGACAAGUAGUAAAGAAAGUUAUUAACGCUUGCCUGGUGUGUAAAAAGUUCGCAGUGAAGCCCGCCAAACAGUUAACGGGUCAGUUACCCAGAGAUCGUGUAGUCCAAAGUAAUCCUUUCACAGUUGUAGGCAUCGACUUAACGGGAGCAGUUACUAUUAGAGAAAAGCGGAUAACCACAAAAAGGUGUACAUAG